AUGGCUAUUAUUGAGGAAGUGCCAUGUGCUGAUAAACACUGGAAGGAGCAACGUCUAUGUCAAAAACUUGAUCGAGAGAUUCAGCAGCUUAAGGUUGCACUGAGUGAACUUGAAACAGCCAAGCCAAAGAAGGCUACUUACAAUAAAAGAGCUAAUGUUUAUUUUCUAGAGAAAAGAAAUGUCAUUGUUGAGAUUAAAAAGAAUGAGCUAAACAAUAAGGAAAAAAAAGCGUCAUGA